GCUCGGGUGGUGCUGUGGACAUCCUGGUGGCUGAAUGAUGUUGUCCGUGCUGCUGUUCCCGUCGGUUUAAGGCACCCCGCUCAGGAACACCACCUUUAUUCAACUCCAUCAGCUCACUCCCGCCCAGCGUCAUGUUGGCCAGGAAGGGCCUCCUGCCGGACGGCUUCCUGCUGACCCGGCUGGCGGAGGACCAGAACCAGCCAAACCGCAGCCGUUCGAGGUCUCAGAGAGCCCGCUUCAUCACCAAGACCGGAUCCUGUAACGUGGCUCACAAGAACAUCAGGGAACAGGGUCGCUUCCUGCAGGACGUUUUCACCACCAUGGUGGACCUGAAGUGGCAGCACUCCCUCCUCAUCUUCACCUCCGCCUUCCUCUGCUCCUGGAUGCUCUUUGCUAUGAUCUGGUGGCUCCUCGCCUUCGCUCAUGGAGACCUGGAGCCCCGCGACCCCAAUGGCGAGCCGGGCCCAGUCCCCUGCGUCACCGCCAUCCACUCCUUCACCUCUGCCUUCCUCUUCUCCAUUGAAGUCCAGGUGACCAUCGGUUUUGGCGGCAGGAUGGUGACGGAGGAGUGUCCGCUGGCCAUCACCGUGUUGAUCAUUCAGAACAUUUUGGGGCUGAUCAUCAACGCUGUGAUGCUCGGCUGCGUGUUCAUGAAGACAGCGCAGGCCAACCGGCGAGCAGAAACACUCAUCUUCUCCAAAAACGCCGUCAUCGCUCCUCGAAAUGGCCGCCCGACUUUCAUGUUCAGAGUCGGAGAUCUGAGGAAAAGCAUGAUCAUCUCAGCCACCGUCCAGCUGCAGGUGACCUACAACUUCACACAUACAAAACAAAACAGCCCCACAGUAAUGCAAACCAAUCCUGAAGAUACAGACACAAAACUGAAAUCUUCUCUUCAGGUGAUCCGGCGGACGGUGACGUCAGAAGGCGAGGUGAUCCCGGUGUGCCAGCUGGACAUCCAGGUGGAGAACCCUCUGAGGAGUAACGGCAUCUUCCUGGUGUCUCCUCUGAUCAUCAGCCACACCAUGGAGCGAGGGAGUCCUCUCUACGAGCUGUCUGCCCAGUCACUGGCCUCCGAGGACCUGGAGAUCAUCGUCAUCCUGGAAGGUGUGGUGGAGACGACGGGGAUCAGCAUGCAGGCUCGGACCUCAUACAUACCCGAGGAGAUCCUGUGGGGGAGGCGCUUCGUCUCCAUCAUCACGGAGGAGGACGGCAGGUACUGCGUCGACUACUCCAAGUUCGGAAACACGGUUCCCGUCCGGAUGUCGUCGCUCAGCGCCAAGGAGCUCGACCAGACCAGAGGAGUCCAGGAAGGAGGGUCCGACGUCCAGCUGCAGGGAUGGGGGCUGGUCCGAGCCGGCAGAGGGGGCUUCCGCAGAGGAGGGCGGGCCUAUGACAGCUCCGCCCCUCAGCCCUGGUACGCCCAAUCAGAGAAAGGAGAGAAGGAGGUGGAGCAGAAGGGACAGAAAAAGAUGGUCCAGCUGGAGGUGAUCGGACGGCAGAUCGAAGAGGACGCGCUCGGAGAGCUGAGCGACUGAAAACAGCGCCCACUGCUGUACACCCAGGUGAACUGCACUGCACUCAUGUGCCUGUUAAAGGAUGCUGAUCUCCCACAAUGCAAUGCACAAAGGUUUCUCAGAGCUGGAAAACAAUACAUAUUUGUGUAGAAGACAGAAAUGACCAUUAUUUUAAAAACACUGAACGUUAUAGAUGGAACUCAUGCUGUCGAAGCUCCUGUUAGUGAUAAUACUCAUUAUAAAUAUACGUUUACCGCAUACUCAGCUAAACUAUUGAAUUUAUGACAACAGAGACAGGAAACUGACCACAACAUGUUUUUUUGUUUAUCUAUUGUGUUCAUACUGACUAUUUUAAUAGACUUGAACCUGCUGAGAUUUUAGGGCACACUUGUCUCCUUUCAUUUCCUCGUGGUUGUCUCCUCCUUUAGUUCUAAAUGAUUUAACAGUCACAUUAAGCCCUGUGUGUAUGUAGGUACUGUAUACCAGCGGUCUCCAACCCCCGGGCCUCGGACCGGUACCGGUCCGUGAGUCGUUUGGUACCGGGCCGCGAGAGUUGAGGCUCAGGUGUGAAAUGUAUGGUUUUCAGGGUUUUUAUCGGUUUUCAGCGUUAUUUUGUUAUCGUUUUUAUCGUUAACUCGGUUUUCCUGGGUCUUUUCACGUGUGUUAUGAAUAAAUCUUCUUUUUUUCGGUACCGGUACUAGUUUUAUUUUGUUGUAUUUAUCCGCGACACCUUAAAGGCCAGUCCGGGAAAAUAUUGUCGGGCAUAAACCCGUCCGUGGCGCAAAAAAGGUUGGGGACCGCUGCUGUAUACUGUAGACAAAGACACUCCAGUGAGUACUGAGGUUUGUAGCAUAUCUCCUGCUCCAUUAGAACACUUCUGUAGGACUUGGAUAUGUAUUUCAGUAUCUGUGAUGUUUAAUAAAU